AUGAACAAGGAAAACACAGAAAAGCUAAUCCGCAUAAUAAGCUUGCUGGAUAAAAUAUCCGAGCGCAAUGAUGCUAAAAACCCCAAGUAUGGUAAACUUAAGAGUUUUUUUUCAAGCGAGCUGUCAAAGACAUUCGACACUUUGGACAAUCAGAAGUCGGUGUUUCCGUUACACUGCGAAAAUGAUACGCGCGAUUUUAGUACCAACCAAAUAAUUGACAAAAUUAAAAAGACGAAAAGUUUUUUCUACUUCAAUAAAUCAUACUCGAGUGAACGGGACGAAUCCUCCUGUGGCGACAGGGCGUGGGUUGAAACGGGGAAGAGGGGGGGUGUUCCUCAAAAUGAGACGCAAACUGAGCAACAACCCGAACCGCUAAAUGGACUGUUAGGAGGAUUGAUAAGCGAACCCCCAACAGGCGCACAUACGCGAGAGCAGAGGCCCCGUAAGGAAGACUCAACAGAACGAGUAAAUAACAAGUGUACACAUUUUCCAGAUAGCCAUGGGGAAGAGAAAAAAUGGCCAAGCAUAAGAGAGACAACUGGUUGUGUGAAAGGAUCAAAUCAGGGUGCCAAAACAAACACAACCUUUUCCUUCGAAAGUGAAGGUUUUUCCUCUCCUAAACGAUAUACCGGUAGUUUCCACUUUAAAAGAAAGUCGCAACAUGAACCAAGAAACUACUUCAGUGACACUGAAUUAUUGGAAUAUUAUAACACGAAUAGAAAAAAAAGAAAUUUGCUAGAAAUUUUGAAGAAACAGCAGGUUAGGAAGUACAAGGACAAGUUGUGUGAGCACUAUGUGGACAAUCCGCUGUUCAUUGCUACAUCGAAGAAGUAUGGAAAUGUUCACGAUGAUGUUGAGGCAGAUGCAUACCUAGAUCAUAAAGAUCUUGGACAAUUACUGGAAAAAAUUUUAGAACAUUUGAACGUCAACCUGAAGGAGGCGAUGAAUAUAUACGUGAAGGAGAUAAAGAAACUGAACAAGGCGAACGAGACUCUAAGUAGGAAGCUCGAAACUGCCGUUGAGAACAACGACGAACAGGCCCAAGAAAUCAGAGACCUGAACAAGCGGAUAAGUAAAAUAGGGGAAGAGAAAACAGAGAUGAAUAAGCGAAUCGAGGGUUACGAAUUUACAAUACACAAGUCAAAGAAAUUAAAAAAUGAGGAACAAAAUGACAAGGAAGAAAACGGUGCACUGGACAUGGAAAUAAAAAAUCUCAAGAGGGAAUUAAACUUGGCCAAUUCAUUGAACGACAAAAUAAAAGAUGAAAAGUUGUAUCUCCAGGAAAGAAUAAAAAAUAAGGAGGAUAAACUUAGGAGAGAAAAAGACAAGCUAAAAAUAGCCAAUGAAUUGAUCUUAGAAAAGAACGACUUACUCAUGAAGCUGCAGACGCCUCCAACGAUCGAUGCACCGUUCCUAAAGAAAACAAAAAAGGGGGGAAGGAGGUUUUCAGUUCUGCACAGACGCAGGAAUGAACGAAUUAACAGUUACCGAAGUGAUACCAUUUUGGAUAAUUACCAGAGAGUAAAAAGCAAGCUGCUCGAGAGCAACGAGAAAUGCUAUUUUCUAUCCAAAACGAAUCUUGAAUUAUUUAGAGGAUUAAAAAAGAAAAGGAAAAAAAUUGACACGCUAAAUAAACAGAUGUCUUACCUUAAAUAUUUUUUUAAGGAAAGGGAAAAAAUGGACCGCUGUAAUGAAUAUCACUUAAAACAGGAAAACAGUACCCACAAGUGCGAUCACAUGGAAAGCAAUAAAAGUUACGCCCCAUGUGCAGAGGAGGAAUACAAGUCCACACCAACAAAUGAACAUAACUCGUCCGCGAAAAUGCGCGAUCAUGAAGAAGGGGGGGAAAUUCAAUGCCUCGAAAAAAAUUAUUACAAUUUAAAUAAUGAACACAAAAUGUUGAAGAAAAAAUACGAACUGCUAUACAAGAAGUAUGUACGAUUGCUUGGGAAAGGGUCCAAUAAGAGCAACGAGCUUGCCUUUAAACGACAGAAGGGGGAGGAAAAUGUUCCAACGCAAAGUGAUGUUAUUCACUCGUUUUACAUGAAAAGGGGGCAAGACAACUUGGGGAGACCAUUCCACCAGGGGAACAAUUUAAUAAAUUACAUAAAAGCCAAGGUCAUACAUCGGAAGAACCUACAUGAUCGCAAGUUUAGAAACUAUACGGAACAAGGUAACGACUACAGAGAUGUGCAGUUCUACGUGUCCAACGAAAUAUUAAGGAACAUGGAUGUGAAGGAUAUUGUAAACAUUCGGUACAUUUACUCCUACGCGGAAGGACCAGUAAUUCUUCCUUCCGAAAAGGAAAGCUCACCCAAUUAUAAUAUCUGUAAAUGCUGA